UAGGUUGUCCUCCCCCGUCUGGCAUGACUGUCCAUCAACAAGACAACUUUAAACGGAGACUUCCAGCUUUCGCCACCUGAGCAUUCAAAAAGCCCCGCGGGUCGAUGUCCAAAGACAGCCGCCAUGACGGCCGACGGCGCUGCGCCGGGCAGCACCGCCUCGGCCCCCGGGUUAGCCAAGGUGGCGACGGGAGGGAGAGGUCCGGCAGCAACAGCCCCGGCUCCUCGCAUGGAGGAGGCAAGAGCAGGAAUACACCCACCUCCGCGAUGAAGGCGUCUUUCCAGCGCUCCAACAGCCAUGACAAAGUACGGAAGAUAGUUGCUGAAGAGGGCCGUGCUGCUCGAAACCUCAUCGCCUGGAGUGUUCCUGUGGAGAACAAAGAGGAGGAAGCAAAGUCCAAAAACAACUCCAGUGGCAGUUCCAGGGUUCAGAGGAUCAACUCUGGUCAACGAAGGAAUAAAAAACAGAAUGCUGGUGUGGAGGGUAAAGGUCCAGCCGGUGCCUUGUUGGACAAGGUGGCAGAAAAGAGUCCCAUCAAAGCCAGACAGCCGCGCAAGGUGGACCUGCGAGCGCGCUACUGGGCGUUCCUCUUCGACAACCUGCGCCGAGCAGUGGACGAGAUUUACGUCACCUGUGAAUCUGAUCAGAGUGUCGUGGAAUGCAAGGAGGUUUUGAUGAUGUUGAACAACUACGUUCGGGAUUUCAAAGCUCUGAUUGACUGGAUCCAGCUUCAGGAGAAGUUGGAGAAAACAGACGCCCAGAACAGGCCCACGUCUUUAGCAUGGGAAGUGCGUAAGAUGUCUCCGGGACGUCAUGUGAUGCCAAACUCCUCUGCAGACAGGAUGGUUCCUUCUGCAGGUGUACGUCGUAACCUCAACUUUGGCGGUCCUCCACCAUCAAUGGCUGCAGCCCGGUUCUCCCACACAGGCCUCAGCUGGGCAGACCGAGUGAAGUGCGUCCCCAUCUCCAGUCAAAUGAACUCAUCUCAAGUAGAAAAACCGGGUAAAAAGGAUGCUGAGGGCUGGGAGACGGUCCAGCGAGGACGCACAACCAGGCCCCGCUCUUCUGCCAUGGUUGCCAUGGUCAGUCCUGUCUUGGCUCACGUCCCCCCAAAACAGGACAGCGACAAGGAAGACCAGCCCCAUCUGCCGCCGCAGCAAGAGCAGAAGCUCCAACCUCACUGUCCCUUGGAAAAGGACUCGACUAAGACGGACAUUGAGCAGCUAGACCCCGUGGAUCCUGACCCCCAGGGGAGCGGAGGAGGUCCGGAGAACGGGCACACGAUGGAGCCCCCAGCAGAGCGUGUACAAGACUUGGGGCAAUGUGUCGACGCACCCUGUGAGGACGCGCCUCCCUCCAUAGCAGCACAUACCCCUUCCCAUGCCCCAGAGCCCACCCUGUCCUCAGCCGCAGUCCCACCAACAGACCUUACCUUAUCAGUCCCGGUCCCGGUCCCUUCCCCAGAUCCACCCCAGACGAACGGGCUCGAUGCGCUGUUGGUCUUACGGGACAGCGCGGCUGAGGAGGGUGCGUCACGGGGCAUGGCCACAUCUGCUCCCGGACAGGCCGAGACUCCCAUGGCAGCGGUGAAACUGGAGAGUGUGCUGGACCCCACAGAGCUUUCCACUCCCCAGUCCAUGGCCGAGGUACUAGCUAAGAAAGAGGAGCUUGCUGACCGACUGGAAAAGGCCAACGAGGAGGCCAUCGCCAGCGCCAUCGCUGAGGAAGAGCAGCUGACCAGAGAGAUUCUGGCAGAGAACAAUGACCUGGACACUGACAACGAAAGCGACUUCUCUACUAGCAUUGGCAACGGAGGCAUUGGAGUCAAUAUUGACUGGACCGACAUGUUGGCAGAUUAUGAAGCUCGGGAGCCAUGGCGUCAGAGUACCUCAUGGGGGGAGAUAGUAGAAGAGGAACCUGCUCGGCCUCCCGGACACGGGAUCCACAUGCAUGAGAAACUCUCCUCACCAUCGCGCAAAAGAACGAUUGCAGAGUCGAAGAAGAAACAUGAGGAGAAACAGCUGAAGGCGCAGCAGCUGAGGGACAAACUCCGGGAGGAAAAGACGCUCAAGCUGCAGAAGCUCUUGGAGAGGGAGAGGGAGGUGAUGAAGUGGAAGGAGGAGCUGUUGGAGCAACGUCGGAAGAUGAUGGACGAAAAGCUGUUGCAUGCCGACUUAAAACGAGAGCUGCAGCUCCAGGCAAUUGUAAAGAAGGCCCAAGAAGAAGAGGCCAAGGUGAAUGAAAUUGCUUUCAUCAACACUCUUGAAGCCCAAAACAAGAGGCACGAUGCCCUGGCCAAGUUAAAUGAGUAUGAGCAACGGCUGAAUGAGCUGCAGGAGGACAGGCAGAGGAGACAGGAGGAGAAGCAGGCCAGAGAUGAGGCUGUGCAGGAGCGUAAACGAGUCCUUGAGGCAGACCGGCAGGCGAGAGUGGGAGAGCUGAUGAUGCGGAGGAAGGAGCAGCAGGCUCGUAUUGAACAGCAGAGGCAGGAAAAAGAGAAAGCUAGAGAAGAUGCAGCAAGGGAAAGGGCCAGAGACCGAGAGCAGCGUAUGGCUUCGCUUAGUGCUGCUCAACAGGAGGCCAUGGAGGAGCUACAGAAGAAAAUUCAGAUGAAGCACGAUGAGAGCAGCCGUAGGCACAUGGAGCAAAUAGAGCAGAGGAAGGAGAAGGCUGCUGAGCUCAGCAGUGGUCGACAUGCAAACACAGACUACGCCCCCAAACUGACACCAUACGAGCGCAAGAAACAGUGCUCCCUGUGUUGCGUUGUGAUCGCCUCGGAGGUGCACCUGUUCAGCCACACCAAGGGCAAGACGCACCAACAGGCUGUGCGAGACAGUAGCAGCAUCCAGGGACGGGAGCUCUCUGACGAGGAAGUGGAGCAUCUCUCUUUGAAAAAAUACAUUGUGGACAUAGUGACGGACUGCUUGGUUUCAUCUGAGAACAUGAAGUACGUAGAAGAAAGGCAGAAGGCGCGGAAGAAGGCGAAGAAGCUCCGUGCCAGGAUGAACUCCAGGGCAAAGGAAUAUGAGACGUCAAUGGAGGCAAAGACACAGAUCCCUGAAUCCCCGUACAAGGCCAAGUUGCAGCGCCUGGUGAAAGACCUGCUGAAGCAGCUUCAGGGCCAAGACAGUGGCCAGUGGGCCAACAACAAAGUGUCUGGUCUGGACAGAACUCUUGGAGAGGUCUCUCGCAUCUUAGAGAAACAGAACAAUGCGGACCAAGUUGCCUUCCAAGUGGGCGGCGGCCUGUCGGCUCUGGAACAAAUUCUGCAUGUCAUCACUGCUGCUUCCACACCCACUGCAGUUCCUCGUAUUCCUCUCAAAUCUCUCUGUGCUGCUGUAAAUACCUACUACCUGGCCUGUGCCUGUUGCCCCACCAACUGCUCCUAUGUGCUGUUCAGCAACAAGAUCGCACUUCUCAUGGACCUGCUGCUGCAUCAGCUCACACUCCAUGUCCCAGAUGAGGACAAAUCCAUUUUCGGACGCAGUGUGAACAAACAGGUCUUUGAGGGUUUGACGACAGGCCUGCUACAGACCAUUGCUACCAUCCUUGGCUCCCUGUGGCCGCAUCUCUCCGAGUCUGGACAAGGCGAAACCACAUGGAUUUCCUCCCCGGAUGCCAAAGUCAAGUCUCCCACAGAGUCCUUCAACACUCGCUCACAAGACCUCAUCAGCUACGUAGUAAACAUGGGUCUGAUUGACAAGCUGUACGGGUGCUUCCUGUCGAUCCAGGGUCCUGUCGACGAGCACCCCAAGAUGUCUGCUUUCCUCCAGCAGGCGUCGGCUCUGCUGCACAGCAUGUGUAAGCUGCGUUUCGUCGUAACAGCACGUGCUCCAACUAUAUUUGACAACAAACGUCAGGACCCGACCGGACUGACGGCCUUGUUGCAGUCCACAGACCUGGUGGGAGUGGUGCACACGCUGUAUUGUAUCCUCCUGCACAGCUUCUCACCAGAGUCUGCUUCCCAGAGUCAGGAGCCCUACGGCCCAGGGGUCAUCCAGGUGGCUUUGCAAGGCAUCCGCUUCCUCAACAGUUUUGCCCUGCUUGACCUAUCUGCCUUCCAGUCUGUUCUGGGAGCUGAGGGCCUGUCUCUGGCUUUCCGGCACAUUGUCAGCUCCUUGCUCUGGUACUGCUCCCAGCAUUCCUCUGAAGAGCUUCUGCAUGAAGUCAUCACCUGUGUGGGAUACUUCACCGUCAACCAUCCUGACAACCAGGUGAUAGUGCAGUCUGGCUGCCAGCCCAGCGUGCUGCAGAAACUGUGUCAGCUGCCCUUCCAGUACUUCAGCCACCCGCGCCUCAUCAAAGUGCUCUUCCCCUCCCUCAUCUCGGCCUGCUACAACAACCCUCAGAACAAGGUCAUCCUGCAGCAGGACAUGAGCUGUGUGCUGCUGGCUACGUUCAUUCAGGAUUGUGCUGCAAAUGAAAAUGUGUCCGACAACAAGACAAAGCCAGCAGUGUCCCAGCUGCUGGAUUACUGUGAGUUGUCUAACCGCUUUCCACAAGAUCAGUGGGACUCGGCGCUGCAGUUCUUCCUGAAGAAGCAGGAGGAGUGAGGACCACUGUGUUCGCACAGUGUAAAUACUACAAGAGAGACUGAGAUCACAACGUGGUUGAAUUUUCUUUCUCUGACUUAGAUGUUCUUAUAUGUUCUUCAGUCGGUGACAAAUACUAAGAUGUGAAGUCUUUUCCCAUGUCGGUCCAUCUGUUUCUGUUCUGUACUUUGAAGUCAGAUUGAUAUGUAAAAGGAAUUUGCACAAGAUGUCUUAUUUGUAUUAUGCGAUUAAAAAACACACACGAGUUUUCCAUGUAACCUUUAAACGAACGAGUUUCUAAAAGCCUCCGCGCUGGCGAAAUUAUGUUUAAGUAAGGAGACGUACCAAGUUUUCAUUGAGAAGAUUUUCUUUGGGUUUUUUAAGGAUUUGUGUUGAAAACGCAGGAUUACGUCAAUUUAGUUUUCUGUCCGUGAUAAGUGUCCCAGCUGCUGGAUUACUGUGAGUUGUCCAACCGCUUUCCACAGGAUCAGUGGGACUGGACGCUGCAGUUCUUCCUCAAGAAGCAGGAGGAGUGAUGACCACUGUCCUCAGUGUGGACACGCACAGUGUAAACACUACGAAAAAGACUGAGAUGUGGAUGUGUUUGAAUUUUAGUUUUCUGACUCUGAGUCUACACAUGGGGGGUAAAUUAUAUGUUCUUCAGACUGACAAAUACUAAGAUUGUGAAGUCUUCUUUCAUGUCGGUUGUUUUUAUUUCUUUGAAGUCGGAUUGAUUUGUAAGAGGAAUUUGCACAAAAUGUCUUGUUUGUAUUUAGCGAUUAAAACACAAGUUUUCCAUGUAACUUCUAAACGAACGUGUUUUUUAUGCCUCGGCGACAGCCAGUGGUCGGAGGCCUUUUGUUUUCAGGUUGUCCGUCCCAUGCCCAUGAACGGGAUAUCUCAACAAUGCUUUGAGGGAAUGUCUUCAAAUUUAGUUCAAACAUUCACUGAAUCUCAAAGAUUAACAGAUAAAAUUGUGAUGGUCAAGGUCACAGUGACAGUUCGUGUUCCCACUGUUAAAACAGUGUUGACACCUCUGAACGUGGUCUGGCGUGAUUGGACCGUUAUCUGAUCAGAGUGCGUUCACUCCAAACACGGAAACCAAAUGUUAAUAUCAGGUGUCUACAGGGUCAUAGACUCAAAGAUGAGCUGGUUAGAUUUUGGUGGCCGAAGGUUCAAAGGUCAAGGUCACGCAGACAUUGGCGGGGGAGGGGUGUGCAUCCCCUUGCAAAGCUUACAGGCUCCUAUUCGUCACUAGUGCGUGCAACAUGAAAGCAUCAGUAGAGCUUCACGAUGGCUGUGGAUCAGGAGGGACAGUAAACUGUGGGCUGAUGGUUCUUGGACACAGGCCGGGAACUAAUCACUCCCGGCCGGGUCACCUGGGCGAGGGUGUCUGACGUUGAAAGACCCGAUGACCCCAGGUACCGUCACUGACGAUGUGUUCAAGUGCGUCACAAGAUGUAUGUUAAUACCGUGUGAAUUUAUUGUGUUUGUCUCAGUUUUUUAAUGUGAAUGAGCAGAAUGUUUUCUUUUGUCAGGUUUAAGUUGCAUGACCUGAUAUACAUUGUGUUCUGUUCAGAGUCACCGAAAAGUAAUAUAAUAUUUUGAGUUAUUUACAUUUCUGUAUAAAAUACUAUACUGAUGUUUAUGUAUUCUGGUUUCCUCAUUUUUAUU